AUGACAGUAACUAAAAAAAUACUAUGUUUGCCAGGGUACUUGCAGAGCGGAAAGAUAUUUGCUGAAAAGUCUUCAGGACUACGUAAACUUCUCACUAAGAAACUUAACCUCCAAUUGGAUUAUGUAAAUCCACCAUUCGUGAUAAAGAGCAAAGAAGAUUUACCAUUUACAUUAGCUGAAGAAGAAGAAGAUGCAGACCUAAAAUGGAAAUCCAUAAUUGACCAAAAUUGUAAUAGAUGCUGGUGGCAACACCACGAUCCAAAUGUUUAUGAAGGUUUUGACCAAUCAUUGGAGUAUUUAGUGGGUUAUAUUAAGGAAAAUGGUCCCUAUGAUGGUAUAAUAGGAUUUUCUCAAGGAGCUGCUAUGAGUGCGGUAAUUAUUAACGUAAUAAGCGAGUUAAUCCCUAAUCACAAAAACUUUCAAAUUGCGGUCUUAUUUUCUGGUUUUGCAUUUACAGAACCAAUUGACCCAUCCAAAGACAACAAGUUGAAUUUAAACUACCAAAUCAACGAUACAAAUGAAUAUACGUCUAAGGUAAAAUUAAUUGACAAUUAUAAGAGAUAUUAUCGAUCCAUGGAUACUACUACAAGAGUCCUCAACGUAUACGGUUCUAAAGAUAUGACUGUUCCUGGUAUUAGGUCACAGUAUUUGUCCACAACAUUCAAGGAUGAGAUGUUGACAGAAUAUGUACACGAAGGAGGACAUUUCAUACCAAAUAAGAAGCAAUUUCUUACUCCAAUUAUUGAAGAUUUUAGAGAGGUUUUUGAUAUUAAAUCAAAUUUAUAA